AUGAAUCAAAUAAAUCGUAUUAAUUACUGUUGUUUGCUAUUCAUAUGCAUUGCAUUCAAUGCUGGAUACGUGUUAUGCGGCUAUGAGUUAGUGGACGGUAGUGUCAUAAACGCCUGGCCUAUGAUAUUAUGUGAAUCAUCAGGUGCUAUGGACAGCACCGUCUCGUCAAUACAGGUGUUGAAUAUAAUCCAAUUUCAAGGGCAUGUCAUACGAGACUUCAGGUGCGAUCAACAGCACCGACUGUAA